UGCAAGUUCCGUGAUGCCCUGAGGGGAGGCGGGCAGGAAGGCGGGGCAGGAUUGUCCCGGUAAAUAGAGCCGGGUGAAGCAUGAAGCUGUACUGCCUGUCAGGACAUCCAACUUUACCAUGCAAUGUACUCAAGUUCAAAUCCACCACCAUCAUGUUGGAUUGUGGGCUGGAUAUGACGUCUACCCUCAAUUUCCUUCCUUUGCCGCUGGUUCAGAGCCCCAGGCUGUCCAAACUUCCUGGUUGGGUUUUGAAAGAUGGAAGCACAUUUCUGGACAAGGAACUAAAGGAGUGCUCUGGCCAUGUGUUUGUAGACUCUGUGCCUGAGUUCUGUUUACCAGAGACUGAGCUGCUUGACCUCUCUACAGUAGAUGUAAUCUUGAUCUCAAACUAUCACUGCAUGAUGGCAUUGCCCUAUAUCACAGAGUACACAGGAUUCACUGGAACAGUGUAUGCCACUGAGCCCACUGUUCAAAUUGGCAGACUUCUCAUGGAAGAACUGGUGAAUUCCAUUGAACGUGUGCCAAAGGCUCAGUCUGCCUCCAUGUGGAAGAACAAAGAAGUACAGAGAUUGCUGCCCGCCCCUCUGAAGGAUGCGGUGGAGGUGUCUAUGUGGAGGAAGUGCUACACCAUGCCAGAAGUGAAUGCUGCACUCAGUAAGAUCCAGCUGGUGGGGUAUUCUCAGAAAAUUGAGCUGUUUGGUGCCGUGCAGGUCACCCCUCUCAGCUCAGGCUAUGCUCUUGGAAGUUCCAAUUGGAUUAUCCAGUCACAUUAUGAAAAGGUUUCCUAUGUUUCAGGAUCUUCUCUGCUUACAACACACCCUCAGCCCAUGGACCAGGCUUCACUUAAAAAUAGCGAUGUUCUCAUCCUGACGGGUCUUACACAAAUCCCCACUGCUAACCCAGAUGGCAUGGUAGGAGAGUUCUGCAGCAACCUGGCUAUGACUGUCCGGAAUGGAGGAAAUGUGCUGGUUCCCUGUUACCCCUCUGGAGUAAUAUAUGAUCUGCUGGAGUGCCUGUAUCAGUACAUUGACUCUGCUGGACUCUCCAACGUCCCUUUUUAUUUCAUCUCACCUGUUGCCAACAGCUCUCUCGAGUUCUCCCAGAUCUUUGCUGAAUGGUUGUGUCAUAACAAACAAACAAAGGUGUAUCUUCCAGAACCUCCUUUUCCCCAUGCUGAGCUCAUUCAGACUAACAAAUUGAAACAUUAUCCCAGCAUCCAUGGAGACUUCAGCAAUGACUUCAAGCAGCCUUGUGUUGUGUUCACUGGACAUCCCUCUCUGAGAUUUGGCGAUGUAGUUCAUUUCAUGGAGCUAUGGGGAAAAUCUAGCUUGAACACUGUUAUAUUCACAGAACCAGAUUUCUCUUAUCUGGAUGCCCUGGCUCCUUAUCAACCUUUGGCGAUGAAAUGUGUUUACUGUCCCAUUGACACAAGACUGAAUUUUAUUCAGGUGUCUAAAUUACUCAAAGAAGUCCAGCCUCUCCACGUAGUUUGCCCGGAGCAGUACACUCAGCCACCACCCACCCAGUCUCAUCGCACGGACCUGAUGAUAGACUGCCAGCCUCCCCCAAUGUCCUACCGCAGGGCAGAGGUGCUGACCCUUCCCUACAAGCGGCGCUACGAGAAGAUCGAAAUCAUGCCAGAACUUGCAGAUUCACUCGUGCCCUUGGAGAUUAAGCCUGGUAUUUCCUUAGCAACAGUUUCUGCCGUGUUGCAUACUAAAGACAACAAGCAUGUGCUGCAGCUCCCUCCAAAACCUCCACAACCUCCUGCCAGCAAGAAGAGAAAGCGAGUGAGCGAUGAUGUGCCAGAGUGUAAAUCUUUGAAGCCACUGCUGAGCGGCUCCAUUCCCGUGGACCAGUUUGUGCAGACACUUGAGAAGCACGGUUUCAGUGAUGUCAAGGUGGAGGACACAGCCAAGGGACACAUCGUACUCCUCCAGGAGGCAGAAACCCUCAUUCAGAUUGAGGAGGAUUCCACACACAUCAUCUGUGACAACGAUGAACCUUUGAGGGUGAAGCUGCGUGACCUGGUUCUCAAAUUCCUGCAGAAUUUUUAGCUCAUGGACAUCAUGCUGCUCUGCAAGGAGACACUCCAGAGAACCAGAGCUAAGGGCUUUCCAGAGGAUGGUCCUAGGGAGAGAGAGAAUUUCCUGAUAGCAAGAGACCAGAAGCCACCUUUUCCUUCAUGGAGAAGCAAGGAAGUAUUUUUUAGUAUCUAUACAGUUUUUAAAUAUUAUUUUUAACCAAGUUUUGAAUACUUUGGAGAUGAUUCCUGGGCUGUAAAAUUAGGAGUUGGAAUCUUAUAGGAGAUAGAGACUGCAGAGUAAAUAGAGUGUGUAUUUACCAGAUCAGGGUGGAAUUGUGUGCAGACACAGACAUUUCUCUCUGUGUGACCCUUGCAGCAAUGUGUGCCCCAGCCCUUUACCUUUGAAAACUCUGUAAAAAUAUUGAAACAGUGGCCUCAGAUAUUAAGAGGUAAUUUUUUUCUCCCCACUGCUUCUUCCCCAUCAUCAGAUCCAAUUUUCUGUCUGUCCUCCAUUCACAUUGUGUGUGUGUGUUUCACUGGCAUGAAGAGGAAUGGGAAAGCUGGUAAGGCAAAGAUUAGAAAAAAACUGGAAAAGGGGGAACUAUGGGGGACGUGGAACAGCUGCGAAGUGGCAAGAGCCUGACCAUUCCCUCCAAAAGCAGAGGGAUUUUGGAAAAAAAUAUAUAUUUUAGGAAUGCAAGGUGUUUCUUGAUGCUGCACCCUCACCUGUUAGGACCAGGUCACCCACCUAGCUCUUUGCUGGGACUUGCAAAAGGCUGGUUUCUCCCGGGUCUUUCCAUCAUCAGUGGAGCAGCUGUCUCAGGAAGAUACUGUCAAAAGUAAUUAAACUCCUAGUGCUCAUGAAGAACCUUUAAGUGCCUCUUGUUUCUACCUUCCAAAAACCUGUCCUUUCAGCCCCCACAAGCCCAAAUCCUGAUUGAAAUACUGAGUCAUUUGCACAAAGCCAUCUGUACUGCAGACCUGAGGAGGUUUCUCACUCCCAAAAUCAUUUAUUUGGGGUCUAACUUUAGUUAAUAGUAUUGCUUUUAAAAGGAGCCGAUUUCUCAGAUAUACUGCUGUUUGGUUUUUAUUGGAUUGUUUUGUAUUUAUUUGGUGUUAAAAAUAAAAAGCAUAGUAAGACUGCCAA